AGCCAGCCAGCUCCCAGGGCCCAGCCCGCCCGGUGCCCGGCUCUCUGGGCGGACCCUGGCCUGCGUGCCCCAGCCGGCGAUGGCUCCACUCGGAUAUUUCUUGGUGCUCUGCAGCCUGAGGCCGGCGCUGGGGAGCUACCCGAUCUGGUGGUCACUGGCUGUCGGGCCACAGUUCUCCGCCCUGGGCAGCCACCCGGUCCUCUGUGCCACCAUCCCUGGCCUGGUGCCCAAGCAGCUUCGCUUCUGCCGGAACUAUGUGGACAUCAUGCCGGGCGUGGCCGAGGGCGUGAAGGUGGGCGUCCAGGAGUGCCAGCACCAAUUCCGGGGCCGCCGCUGGAACUGCACCACCGUCAACGACAGCCUGGCCAUCUUUGGGCCUGUGCUUGACAGAGCCACCCGCGAGUCUGCCUUCGUCCAUGCCAUCGCUUCAGCUGGUGUGGCCUUUGCCGUGACCCGCUCCUGUGCAGAGGGCUCGGCCACCAUCUGCGGCUGCAGCACUCGCCACCAGGGCUCACCGGGUGAGGGCUGGAAGUGGGGUGGCUGCAGUGAGGACAUCGAAUUUGGUGGGAUGGUGUCCCGAGAGUUCGCAGAUGCCCGGGAGAACCGGCCAGAUGCCCGCUCAGCCAUGAACCGCCACAACAAUGAGGCCGGCCGCCAGGCCGUCGCCAGCCACAUGCACCUGAAGUGCAAGUGCCACGGGCUGUCGGGCAGCUGCGAGGUGAAGACCUGCUGGUGGUCGCAGCCUGACUUCCGCGCCGUGGGCGACUUCCUGAAGGACAAGUAUGACAGCGCGUCGGAGAUGGUGGUGGAGAAGCACCGCGAGUCGCGCGGCUGGGUGGAGACGCUGCGGCCGCGCUACACCUACUUCAAGGCGCCCACCGAGCGCGACCUGGUCUACUACGAGGCCUCGCCCAACUUCUGCGAGCCGGACCCCGAGACCGGCUCCUUCGGCACGCGCGACCGCACCUGCAACGUGAGCUCGCACGGCAUCGACGGCUGCGACCUGCUGUGCUGCGGCCGCGGCCACAACGCGCGCACGGAGCAGCGCCGUGAGAAGUGCGGCUGCGUGUUCCACUGGUGCUGCUACGUGCGCUGCCAGGAGUGCGCGCGCGCCUACGACGUGCACACGUGCAAGUAGGCGCGGCCGCGGGGGCUCGGACCGAGCAGAACGCGGGUUCCCAGAGGGGCCAGUCGUGAGACCCCACGCGCGCCAGGUCCCCACCGCACCUUGCCGCGGGGGCCUGGGCCCACUCCGAGGCCGCGCCUCUCCCCUCCGCCCGGGACUUGCCCCCUCGGGACCGGCCUCCCGAAGAAGCCAAGCCUGCGGCCCCCCGCCCGAGCACUGAGCUCAGCCCUGCGCCCCCGCCCCUGCUGGGAGCGCCCCGUCCCGCCCAGCGGCCCCGCCCCGCGGCUCCCGGAGAUGCCUGCCUCACCUGGAGCUGUUGGGAGUCAGCGGCCCUGAGCCCGCUCUGCUGGGCCCUGCCACUGUGAAUCCUCCCCUCCAGGCAGGGAGCGGACUGGCCAGAGGAGAGGGCACGCGCGACCGCCCUUCCCUGGCAUUGGAAUUGGGGGUUUCAAUUUUAUUUCUGAUGCUGCUAUAUCUACCUUCCACUGGAGUUAGACGUGUUGCUUCAUUUUGAUUUUUUCUUUUCUUUCUAUGAAAGAAAUUAUUUUAGUGAUAGCACAUGAGUUUCAAAUAAUGGGGAAAGUUGAAGAAACAACGUAAUAAGUCUGUGGUUU